AUGACGGAACUUGAAAAAUUCUACUACGAUCCGCGACAUUACGCGGGCUAUUCGGCAACGGAUAAUCUGACGCGCGCCGCUAAACCGAAUUUCUCCCGUAACAAAGUCACGCGUUGGCUCGAAACGCAAGACGCUUACACGUUGCAUCGUCUAUCGCGCAGAAAAUUUCCACGGUUGCAUUACACCGUGUCGAAUAUCGACGAUCUGUGGGAGGCCGAUUUGAUCAAGCUCCGAAAUCUCGAAAGUUACAACGACGAAUAUUUGUAUCUUUUGGUGAUUAUAGACGUACUUAUUAGUAAAUAUGCCUGGAUAGAACCGCUACGAGACAAAACGAGUAAGCACGUGACGACGGCUUUCCAGCGCGUGCUCUCGAAAAGCGACGGGCGCGUACCAGUAUACUUACAAACGGAUAAAGGUAAAGUAUUUAUCGGGCGUCCGUUGCAAAAGUUUUUGGAAGAAAACGACAUUUGUUUUCACGUGGCCCGUAAUCCGGAUAUCAAAGCUGCCGUCGUCGAGCAUUUCAACAGAACGUUGAAGGAGCGAAUGUGGCGUUAUUUUACGCAGAAAAAUACGCGACACUACGUCGAUGUUUUGCAGGAUAUUGUAAGCGCUUACAAUCACACCCGCCAUUCUUCCAUCAGAAUGCAGCCGCCUGUCGUUACGAGAGAAAACGCUCGUGUCGCGCGCGAAAAUAUAGUUCGGCGAUGGAGGAAGAGCGAAAAGAUGAAACGCGCACAAAAAGCUAAAUACGUCGGAGAACUUGUUCGCGUCAGUAGAACAAAAGCCACCUUCGAGAAAGGAUACGAGGCGAGGUGGAGUGAAGAGAUAUUUCGAAUUCACCGCGUUCUCGAGUGGCGAAAACCACGCGUGUACGAACUGAGCGAUUUAGCGGAUGAGGUCAUAGACGGUAUUUUUUACGAACAGGAAUUAGCUAGAGUUGAGAAAAACUUGCGGGAAGAAGAGUUUAUCGUCGAUCGCGUGAUAAAGACCAGAGGACGUGGCGCUAAUAAACAGGUGUUAGUUAGCUGGCGCGGUUAUCCCAGCAAGUUCGACACUUGGAUCCCCGCUUCGAAUUUAACUUCUUUUCAAGAUGAGGAACGACCAAUUUCUCAUGGUUCUUCCGAGCAAUAG